AUGCAGCUUCUCCUGCUCCUGCUGGCGUUUUUACUGUCCCCUGGGACAGAGGCAGGGGAGAUCAUCGGAGGACAUGAGGCCAGGCCACACUCCCGUCCCUACAUGGCAUUGGUUCAAUUUCUGGUUGAAGAGAAAAAGCACAGGUGCGGCGGUGUCCUUGUGCGACAGGACUUUGUUCUGACAGCUGCUCACUGCUGGGGAAGCUCUUUCAAGGUGACUCUGGGGGUCCACGACAUCGAGAAGCAGGAGACAACCCAGCAGAAUUUCUCUGUGAAAGCAGCCAUCCCACACCCAGACUAUAACCCUAAGAACUACUCCAACGACAUCAUGUUACUAAAGCUGGAGAGAAAGGCCAAGCUGACUGCAGCUGUGAGGACCCUAAGCCUGCCCAGGGCCAAGGCCCAGGUGAGGCCGCGACAGGUGUGCAGAGUGGCCGGAUGGGGGAUAGUAUCCCUGAUGGGCAGCUUCUCAGACACGCUGCAGGAGGUGGAGCUGACCGUGCAGCAGGACCGGGAGUGCGAAUCUUACUUACGCAAUUAUUACAACAGUACCACUCAGCUCUGCGUGGGGGACCCGAAGGAAAAGAAGUCUUCCUUUAAGGGGGACUCCGGGGGCCCUCUCGUGUGUAAGAACGUGAUCCAGGGCAUUGUCUCCUAUGGACGAAACAAUGGGACACCUCCACGGGCCUUCACCAAAGUCUCGAGUUUCCUGUCCUGGAUAAAGAAAACCAUGAAAAGCCUCUAA